CAGCGUCACCCCCCAGCCCCGAGCUGGACCGCACACCUUGGGACUCGGUUUUCCACUUCCUCAGGACUAGCCCCAGACUGGAGGAGAGGUCGGAGGAGGUGGGCGUUGGGCUCUUUGCGAGGACCCCGGCGGCUGGCCCGGGGGAGGCGGCCGAGGCGGCGGCGGCGGCGGCCGGGGGCGACAUGGCGGAGGAGCAGGACCUUUCGGAGGUGGAGCUGAGCCCUGUGGGCUCCGAGGAGCCCCGUUGCCUGUCCCCGGGGAGCGCGCCCUCGAUGGGACCCGACGGCGGUGGCGGCUCAGGCCUGCGUGCCAGCCCGGGGCCUGGUGAACUAGGCAAGGUCAAGAAAGAGCAACAGGACGGCGAAGCGGACGAUGACAAGUUCCCCGUGUGCAUCCGCGAGGCCGUCAGCCAGGUGCUCAGCGGCUACGACUGGACACUGGUGCCCAUGCCUGUGCGCGUUAACGGCGCCAGCAAGAGCAAGCCGCACGUCAAGCGGCCCAUGAACGCCUUCAUGGUGUGGGCGCAGGCGGCGCGCAGGAAGCUGGCGGACCAGUACCCGCACCUGCACAACGCCGAGCUCAGCAAGACGCUGGGCAAGCUCUGGAGGCUGCUGAAUGAGAGUGACAAGCGCCCUUUCAUUGAGGAGGCUGAACGGCUCCGGAUGCAACACAAGAAGGACCAUCCUGACUACAAGUACCAACCCCGGCGGCGGAAGAAUGGGAAGGCAGCCCAAGGGGAGGCAGAGUGCCCAGGUGCGGAAUCCGAGCAAGGAGGGGCUGCUGCCAUCCAGGCCCACUACAAGAGUGCCCACCUGGACCACCGGCACCCAGAAGAGGGCUCCCCCAUGUCAGAUGGGAAUCCAGAGCACCCCUCAGGCCAGAGCCAUGGCCCGCCCACCCCUCCAACCACCCCAAAGACAGAGCUGCAGUCCAGCAAGGCUGACCCCAAGAGGGAUGGGCGCUCCCUGGGGGAGGGCGGGAAGCCUCACAUCGACUUCGGCAAUGUGGACAUCGGUGAGAUCAGCCAUGAGGUAAUGUCGAACAUGGAGACCUUUGAUGUGACUGAGUUGGACCAAUACCUGCCACCCAAUGGGCACCCAGGCCACGUGGGCAGUUACUCAGCAGCUGGCUAUGGGCUGGGCAGUGCCCUGGCUGUGGCCAGUGGACAUUCUGCCUGGAUCUCCAAGCCACCAGGUGUGGCUUUGCCCACGGUCUCACCCCCUGGUGUGGAUGCCAAAGCCCAGGUGAAGACAGAGACCGCUGGCCCUCAGGGGCCCCCACACUACACCGACCAGCCAUCCACCUCGCAGAUCGCCUAUACCUCCCUCAGUCUGCCCCACUAUGGCUCUGCCUUCCCCUCCAUCUCCCGCCCCCAGUUUGACUACUCUGACCAUCAGCCCUCAGGACCCUAUUAUGGCCACUCUGGCCAGGCCUCUGGCCUCUACUCGGCCUUCUCCUACAUGGGGCCCUCUCAGCGGCCCCUCUACACCGCCAUCUCUGACCCCAGCCCCUCUGGGCCCCAGUCCCACAGCCCCACACACUGGGAGCAGCCAGUAUAUACGACACUGUCCCGGCCUUAAAAUGGCCAUGUCACCACCAGGCCCCACCUGGCCCUCCGGGCCCCUUUCCCCAGCCUGUGUGCCCUGUUCCUCACCUGUCCCAGGCCUGGUGGUGACAGUGGAGGAGGCUGCAGAGGAUGACAGUGGCGGGAAGGCUCUCUGCUGGCUCCUGCCCUGAUGACCCAUUACCCUAUCCCAGCUCUGGAAGCCCAGGCCUGGCUGACAGCUGGGCAGAGGAAGGAGGAUGAGGGGCUUUCCCUCCCCCAGAAAUGACCCUCUAUUCAGGACUUGAGAAGGACCACUCAUGCCCUCAGGGAGGGAGAAAGCAUCCAGGGUUGGAUGGGCAUUGGAGGCCUUGCCACUCCUGUUUCCUCUCUCAUGGAGAACGAGGGUCUCACAGGCCCCUGUACCAUCUGUGGCAUAGUUCGUAAGAGCCAGGAUGCCCAGGGACCUGCAUCAGAGUCUAGAGAUGACUGUCCUGUCACGCAGGGGCUGAGGACAGCUUAACAGCCUGGUGAAGAGUGGGGUGGCGGGGUGCUCAGUGGGAAUUCUCAUUUCAAAUCCCCUCCUCCCCUGAAAACAGGAAGGAAUUGGCACAGAGGCCCC